AUGCAGGGCGCAUCGGCGAGUGGCGCCAUCACGUGUACCGUCUGCGGUGUGCGAAAGCCUGCCUCGGAGUACUCUCGCAACCAGCUGGCCAGGUCCUCGAGGGAGGUGUGCCAGGUGUGCCUCAUGAGCGAUGGGACGGUCGCGGCGCCCCCUUCUCGGGUGGCGCCCGCCGCGGGCGAGGGCGUAGUCCGCUGCGUUGCUUGCUGCCAAGUGAAGACUACCUCAUCGUUUGGCAUCAAUCAGCUCCGCCGCCGCGCCGGCAUCGAGCGCUGCAUGCUCUGCGUGGAGAAGGACCUAGGGUCGGUGGUGCUCUGCCGCGCUUGCAACACGCACAAGCCCUUCACGGACUUCAGCAAGAAGCAGCUGGCGUGCAAGCCCGGCUCGGAGAGGUGCAAGGUUUGCAUCGAGAACGCGUCUCGGUGA